AUGAACACGUCUCUCAACAUCACCACCUACAAGCUCAAGGCCGAGCUCUCUGACAAGGGCACCGCUCUCUACAUCCACACGACGUCACACCAGGAAACCGAGGCACUGCUCAAACUCACCAACAUUGGAGCCAUCCCGGUCGAGGUCAAGGACCCCAUUACACGUGUCCAGGGGUCCAUCUGGGCUCCAGAGCUAGACAUGCUCGACCCAGCCGACCUUCUCGAGGACUUCGGCGCUCAGGGGGUCACGGCGGUGUUCCGGCCGCCGCGAGGGCCCAAAGCUAUCCUGUACCUGACGUUCAGUGGUAGCUCCCUCCCUGACCGCGUCACGGCAGGAUACCUGUCCUACAGGACCCGCCUGGUCGUGCCGAAGCCCCGGCGCUGCCGCCGCUGCCAGAAGUAUGGACACGGUGAGGCCCAGUGCCGGGGUCAUGAGCUGUGUGGCCGCUGUAGCGGCCGCCACCUAACCACUGACUGCAUUGCCACCCAUCCGGCCUGCCCCGCUUGCGGUGGAAGCCACGAGGCGUCCCAUCGGGACUGCCCUAAGUGGCUCCAGGAAAUGCAAAUCGCCACACUCAUCCAUCGGCAGCGCAUGCUUCCGAAGCAGGCGCGAGCCGUGGCCAAUCGGGACUUCGGGUUCCAGGCCCCCGCACCUCGCCGAGAGCCUGCCGAGGUUCAGUGA